GUGCCGCCACAGCCUGGCCUCGUGCGCCCGGUGCCGCACCAGCCUGUGCCACCACAGCCCAGCCUCGUGCGCCCCAUGCCACACCUGUCUACUCCAAUAUCAAAUCUAGGUUCCCCUUUAACACUGGCGCAGUGCCAGGUUUCAUCUGGGAAGAUUCCCUGUGCAGAUGCACAAGGACCAGCUGCCUGUUACCAGGUUGGAUGCUGUUAUAAUGAAUAAGACCAAACUGUUCCAUGUUACUAUAGCAACACAGUAUUUCAAGUUUUCUUCUGGAGAAUCCUGCCUUGCUUAAAGUUCCUCCUGUGAGAAAAUCAGUGGAAGACAACCUUUCCAAAACAAAAUCUAACGGGAGGCUGCUGAACUGGAAUUCAUAUGCAAAUUUGACUCUGUCAAGCUGGGACUGAAUAGGGACUAUGAAUGGUUAUCACAUUAUCACAGUCACUGUUCAGUGCCUUCAGGAUGGUCACUUCGUCCUGGUUGUCUCCAGGCAUAUUUUGGACUACCCAGUUAUCCUUGAUAGUGUCAGGCUGUCUUAUGCCCAAGCAGGGUGUGAUCCCAUCAGGAGAACAGAGGAUUUCCUAGUCUUCUGCUUCCCCCUAACACAGUGUGGUACAACAGUACAGGUGACUGGUGGUAGAUUGAUAUAUGAAAAUCAGCUGGUAUCUGGCAUUAUCUUAAAUGGGCCAGAUGGGUCUAUCACAAGAGACAGCACCUUCAUUCUCCACACUUGCUGCGUCUACAAUGCCACUGACUUCUUGCCAGUCCAGGCUGAAGUAAUCUUGCCUCCCACCCCAGCUCCAGUUUCCCAGAUGGGACCUCUCCGUCUUGAACUGCGCAUUGCUACAGAUGCCAGUUACAGAACCUAUUACUCAGAUGGAGAUCAUCCUGUGGUGAAGGUCCUCGGGGACCCUGUGCAUGUGGAGGUUCAUGUCUUGCAAAGAAUUGACCCAUUCCUGGUUCUGGUUCUGCAUGAAUGUUGGGCUUCUCCCAGCGCUAAUCCCCUUGAGCAACUACAGUGGCCAAUCCUGGUGGUUGGGCACCCAUUUAACACUGGAACGAUGUCGAGUUCUGGGCAGGAAAAUCCCCUGUGUACCUAUGACCAAGCUACUUGCAGUCAAGCUAGAUGCUGCUAUGAUGACAGUGACAUCAGUACUCCUUGUUACUAUGGUAACACAGUCACUGUUCAGUGCCUUAGGGAUGGCCACUUCAUCCUGGUUGUCUCCCGGGACAUGUUGAACUUCCCAGUUGUCCUUGACAGUGUUAAGCUGUCUUAUGCCCAAGCAGGUUGUGACCCUGUCAGGAGAACAGAGGCUUUUCUCAUCUUCCACUUCCCCCUGACACAAUGUGGCACAACAGUCCAGGUGAUUGGUGACAAACUAAUUUAUGAAAAUCAACUAGUCUCUGGCAUUGAUAUCCAAAAUGGGCCAGAUGGCUCCAUCACCCGAGAUAGCACCUUCAUGCUCCAUGCUCGCUGCAUCUACAAUGCCACUGACUUCUUGCCAGUCCAGGCUGAAGUAAUCUUGCCUCCCACCCCAGCUCCAGUUUCCCAGAUGGGACCUCUCCGUCUUGAACUGCGCAUUGCUACAGAUGCCAGUUACAGAACCUAUUACUCAGAUGGAGAUCAUCCUGUGGUGAAGGUCCUCGGGGACCCUGUGCAUGUGGAGGUUCAUGUCUUGCAAAGAAUUGACCCAUUCCUGGUUCUGGUUCUGCAUGAAUGUUGGGCUUCUCCCAGCACUAAUCCCCUUGAGCAACUACAGUGGCCAAUCCUGGUGGAUGGGUGCCCAUUUGAAGGAGACAACUACAGAACCCAGCUGGUGCCCCUGGGGCCUGCUUCAUCCGAGCUGCCUUUUCCAGCUCACUACCAGCGCUUCAUAAUUUCUACUUUUGCAUUUGUGGAUUCUGGUUCUAAACUGGUACUCAGUCAGUUGGUAAGGAAAUGUACUCACCAGUGA